GAAGAAGAAGAAUGAAACCCAAUGAAUGAUGAGGUGAUAAUCAAUCUCUGAAAAUCGUUGAGAACCAUCUUCCUUCCCCAUUUCUCUCUGAAAAAUCAAUCAUCAAUGACGUGCCCUUUAAAUUCUCCGUUCCGGAUUGCGCCGAAUCCAUCUCGUUCUUCUCCGUUCCGGAUUAUUCAUCGAAACCCACUUUCCCGAGAUUCUCUCCAAUCUGUUUUAUUAUUCAAAUCUCUAAACAUUUUUCAUUACAGUGUUUCUGCUCCGCGUCUUAGCUCUGUAACAGUCAGGUCUCAAACUAAGAUGCAAGAGAAAUCUAUCUCUGAUAAGAGAAUGCUGGUGUUUGUUCCUCCUCAUCCUUUGAUUAAGCAUUGGGUUUCAGUUCUAAGAAACGAGGAGACGCCUUCCCCUGUUUUCAAGAAUGCUAUGGCUGAGUUAGGAAGGUUACUUAUCUAUGAAGCAUCAAGAGAUUGGCUGCCAACUAUUACUGGGGAGAUUCAGUCUCCAAUGGGUCCUGCUUCUGUUGAGUUUAUUGAUCCUAGAGAACCUAUUGCGGUUAUUCCAAUCUUGAGAGCGGGUCUUGCACUUGCAGAACACGCACCGUCAGUUCUUCCAGCUAUGAAAACAUAUCAUUUGGGUGUUAGCAGGGAUGAAGAAACUCUUCAACCAUCAGUAUAUUUGAAUAAGUUGCCUGAGAAAUUUCCCCAAGGAUCUCGAGUGUUUGUUGUGGAUCCCAUGUUGGCAACUGGUGGCACAAUAGUUGCAGCUAUUAACCUGAUUAAAGAGCGUGGUGUCGAUAACAAUCAUAUUAAAGUGGUGUCUGCUGUUGCUGCUCCACCAGCUCUUCAGAAGCUGAAUGAGAAUUUCCCAGGGCUUCAUGUUUAUACUGGUAUUAUCGACCCUACUGUCAAUGAUAAAGGGUUUAUACUUCCGGGGCUCGGAGAUGCUGGAGAUCGCAGCUUCGGAACUUAAAGAUUGUCGUAACUUUUCCCCCCAUUUUUUAAGUUUCUAGACCAUUUUUUAUUCCAACAAUUUGCAGAGUAUCCAUCUUUCUUUUUCAUUGAACUAACUAAACUAACUAUUUGAUGACAUACAUUUAUAAUAAAUAGUCAUUUUGUUUCUUUAUUAAAAUGACAACUUUUUA